GUUUAACCGACAGCAGCAAGGAUUCUCGCCGUCAGUUGUAAAUCAACUGUUGACGCGUUCGGAUCAGCCGGGCUGAUUGGCACCGUCGGUAAUUCAUCCUUUAAGCAAAGUUAUCCUCACACUGAUUAGCAUGUGUACCAUCCGUGCCAGGAUUUAAACUGUCCACAAUCUCAGGAUGAUGCCACCGACCACCGCAACGAGCAGGCAACCGCGUAUCCCUUCGAUGCUCUCGCUGGUGGACGGAACGGGUGGUGCAUCUUCGUCCUGUGCGGUCCGGCGUCAAUCAUGUGUCCCGGAUUUACCCUCGCCUUCGGUUCACGUGCCAUCGAUUUCGGCUCGACUGGGCACCGGGUAUCCGCCGCGGCCCGAUGGGAUGGGGGGUGGUCGUUUCGUUUUAAUGCAGCAGAACGGUGGCUCUGGAGUGCGACGCUCCGUGUUGGACGCCGAGGAAUGUGACGUUUUGGCGCCAUCGUCGGUGGAUAAUUUGAAUGGGGUCGCUAACGAGGUGCGAAAUAACGACGAUGAUGAUGAUAGAAGUGGUGGGGGUGUGAAAGCGACACUCAAAGCCGGGGGGCCUCUGGGUCUGGUUAAGAGGAUUUGUUCCGAUGGAGUGCUUUCGACGACGUCAUUCGGAUCGGGGUCCAGCGAUGGAGUAACCGAGAACUAUUGGAUGCUGAUGAUUACACCGGUUGUGAGCAGCUUUUCGGUCGCUUUGGUGAUUGCUGCUGUCGCCGGACCGCAGUGGUUGUUCACCGAAGAAAAACUCAACAACCGAAGCUACAAUGGCACCAUGAACUACAACGCCAAAGACGAAGGUAUCUAUCUGACCAAGUAUACCAAGGCCUCCCUCUGGACGUUGUGCAGCAAGAUGGGCGGGGCCAAUCUGGGUCAUACGGAGUUUCAAUGCACCACCAUCGACUACUUUCCCCAGGAAGACUACAAUCCGGAUCCGCAAGAUUCCACUAACGCCAUCCCGUACACCGUAACCCAUUCAUCGCCAUUCUUCCUGGUGUCGAACGUGGUGCUGGUCAUCAGCUAUGUGCUGUUUCUGUUGGCCAUGUGUUCAUCCAGGCACAAAAUCUGUUACUUCGUAUCCGGGGUGCUAUUUAUAAUAACAGGUCUUCUCAUGCUAAUCGGACUGAUAAUGUUCAUCUCAAUUCUCAAGGCGGAAAUCGGUUACAAACUACGGCCUCGCUCGUCCCUGCAAGCACCGCUUUUCACGUUCCGCUACGGCCAAAGCUUUCUGCUGUACGUAUUCGGUUUCGUCAUCACGGAACUGUCCGGAAUCUUCAAUGUCCUCAUCUACUCCAACCUACACCAAGCACAACUCGCUCGUGCACAAGUCUAUCCCACCUACCAGAACCUGAGUGCCAACUACUAUAGCAUCACCCCCAAGAAGGACCCGUCCAAGUCAGGUGAUUACGGAGUGUUUAACGGUACGCGACCGCGAUUCUAUUUCGAAAGCAGCGAUGAUUGUGCGGUACACCGGUAUCAUCGCGACCGCAGUAAUUUAGUCAAAAGCUUGAAUGAGCUCUACACGGAACCGGCACCGGAAAUGAGAAGCACUGCCACGGCAACAUCACCACCCGUAGAUAUCUCCGCAACGUCACGGAUCGAGAUGGCGCUGGAUUCGGGGAAGCUCACGAGAAGUGUGUCCACGAGUACUGAUAUAAUGUUGAUGGAUGACCCGAGAAGCGAAACGGAUGGAAAAAGCGAGGAGAAUUUGAAGAACCUCUGCGGCAUUUCCAAGCAGUAUCUUACGAAGGAACUGUCCAAGGAGAAGCUGUUCAACGAGUUCUGUAAGAAAGUUGGCCCGAGACCAAAACCGAAGAACAUCUACUACAUCGAAGACGAUGGAAGAGAUCAGGACGGGUUUCAGAGUGUUUUUGUCAUAGAGGGAAACAAUAGCGACGACGACAAGUUUAAGCGCAGGAGAAGAAAUUCGAUGUUGGGUGCAGCAGUCAGCGUGGAUGCGUUGGAACGUCGUCAGAGAAUACGAUCGGACAAUUCACUGGAUCAGACGUACGGUGCAGGUCGAAUGCGUGAGGAGUGCCCGAGAUUGAACUACGAUAUGAGACAAACACUGCCGAGGAAUUUUAUGAAAAAAGCACAGCAUGCACUGGUUGAUGAACGCGGCGGUUUCAACAGUUUGGACGAUUUGGGAGAUCAUCACGGGUCGUGGAAUCGUAGAAUCUCUGCCAGUGGGUUGCUGGAACCUAUCAGAUUGAAUUUAUCUCAGAACAAUCUGGGCACGUCUUCACCACAUCAUCAUGAAUCUAAAUGGCCAAAGAUCAUCCCGAAAUCGACCAACGAUUUCCUGACCAUGCAACAACAAUACCUUCACGUUCCACCAUCCCCUUCUUACGCGGAGUACAACAUGAGAUCAACGUCAGCUCAAGGCCACCACAGCAUUGACUAUCUGAGCUCGUAUCAGCCCCCUCCCCCUCCCCCUCAAUACGCACGAAUCCAACAUUCGGUCAUUCAACCGCCAUUCAACUAUGUGCCACCGAAAACGGCACCUCCGGCGAUGUUCUCCGGAAAAGUUUCGCCCAUUUUCGAUCUGGACAAAAUUGAACGGGAACGGCGUAAGUCGCACUCGCAACUAUUUCUGAAUCAGCCGCAGCAAUAUGAUUACGUCAACGGAACUGCUGUGUAAGGCAUUGCUGAAAUGGUUUCGUGCGUGCCCAAAAACACAUUAAGUACUGCCAUUAUAUGAGUCGUGUUGUUUCAGAUGUUCAAAAGAAAGUUAACAAAUCGGACUUUUAUAAAAACUGAAAUGUGGUAAUUCCGAGCUUGCAUAUCAAUUAUACCCAGGUACGAUAGAUGAUAAAUGUUGAAUAUUACGGUGCCAUACAUACUACCAAUCGUCGAAAGCGUCAAUACGUGUGUGUUGUGAUUCAAGUAACUGAUGUUGUGUUUAGAUGGAUAUAAAUAAAUGGUUGAUUAAUUUGGA